AUGAUGACAGCUAAAACUUUGGAGAAAACCCCCGUUACUCUCGGCGGGUUUGUGCACCCUCUUUCCGAGGGCAUCUAUUCAGUGGACGAUAUUGCCUCCACUUUGCCUGCCUCGGUUACUAUCUUUCCAAAUGGUGAUUUAGGAGGACACUACGAUCAGAUCAGUAGUGCUUCAGGAGAUGGUUUGAUUAACGGGGACAUGAGCACAGAAAAGCGCUCUCUCGACUUACCAUACUCCAGCAGCUUCACGCAACCAGCGGGUCCACGCAACCAAACUUUCACCUAUAUGGGAAAGUUUUCCAUCGAUUCACAGUAUCCCGGCAAUUGGAAUCCAGAGGGCGUCAUUAACAUCGUCAGCGCUGGAAUCCUGGGCAUGACCCAGGCGUCCUCGGCAUCUUCGUCCCCAGCAUCCUCUGUCUCACCAAACCAUUUCUCUAGCACUCUGAGCUGCACCAUGGCACAGAACCAGGCGGACAUGGACCACAUCUACUCUCCUCCUCCACCCUACUCGGGCUGUGGAGAGGUUUACCAAGAUCCAUCUGCGUUCCUUUCGACUUCCACCUGUCCAAUUCCCUACCCUCCACCUUCCUACUCUUCCCCUAAACCAACCACAGACUCUGGUCUAUUCCCCAUUAUUCCAGACUAUGCCGGCUUCUUUCAACCCCCUUGCCAAAGGGACAUUCAGUCUAUCCCAGACCGAAAACCGUUCUCCUGCUCACUGGAGUCAUUCAGGGUUCCCCCACCUUUGACUCCCCUUAACACCAUUAGGAAUUUUACUUUGGGUGGACCAGCAUCUGAGGGACCUAGGCUUCCCACGGCAUAUAGCCCUCAAAAUUUACCCCUCAGACCAAUUUUGCGUCCAAGGAAAUAUCCCAACCGACCGAGCAAGACCCCCGUCCACGAGAGACCAUACCCAUGUCCAGCGGAGGGAUGCGACAGGCGAUUCUCCAGAUCCGACGAACUAACAAGACACAUCCGAAUUCACACUGGUCAGAAACCAUUCCAGUGUCGGAUAUGCAUGAGAAACUUCAGUCGCAGUGACCACUUGACCACUCACAUACGCACGCACACAGGUGAAAAGCCUUUCGCUUGCGAUUUCUGCGGGCGUAAGUUUGCCAGAAGCGACGAGAGAAAGAGACACACCAAAAUUCACUUGAGACAAAAAGAAAGAAAAUCAUCGUCGGCUUCUUCUAACAACGCGAACUCGGAGCGCUCCAUCACCAUCGGUUCAUCAUCAGGAAUCUGCUCCUCCAGCUCCAACCAAUAA